AUUUUCUCCACUUACCUCUGUAAUGUCAAUUGCCAUUGUUGGCUGCUGUAUCCGCGUCGCUCCGCCCCUCCGUGUGUUGGGAGUCCGAGUCCAGCGGGAUAAGGGGCAACUCGUCUCCUCCUUCAGCCGAUCAGCUGGACUUCUUCCCAGGGAGACAGAGGAAGCAAGAAGCCGGAGGGAGGGAGGGGGACGCAGGCAAGAGAGCCGCCGGACAGACCCGACCACAUCCAGCCAGCGCACGGGGUGGCCACAACAUGUCCUUCAGCCCAAAGCACUCCACCCCCUUCUCAGUCACCGACAUUUUGAGCCCGAUGGAGGACAGCUACCGGAGGUUUGGAGGUAUGGAUCCCGCCGCGGGGAGUCUCGGGUCCCAGCUGGGCGCCUACCGGCAGCAGCAAGUCUCCCAGCCCGGUAUGCAGCAUCAGCAGCAGGCGCAGCAGCAUCAUCUUCACCACCAUCACCAUCACCACCAUCACCUGUCCUCCUCCUCUUCAUCCUCAUCCUCCUCCUCUUCCUCAGCCUCGGCCACCGCAGCAGCAGCCGCCGCCGCUCUGGGACCCGGCGGGCCCUAUCAUGUGCCCCACGGGGUGCCGCAGUUCUCCGGGGCCGUCGGAGGAUUCUGCAACGGCGGCAUCGGGAACGUCGGAGACCUGCCGUCCUACCAGGACACGGUGAGGAGCGGAGGGGCGGCAGCGGCGUGGUACAGCAACCCGGAGCCCAGAUACCCGACAAUUUCCAGAUUCAUGGGCCCCUCCGCCGGGAUGAACAUGUCCGGGAUGGUGGGCAGCUUGGCCGGGAUGGACUCCACCGCCAAGUCCAUGGUGACGCUGCACUCCGCGCCGCGGAGGAAGCGGCGGGUUCUCUUCUCUCAGGCGCAGGUGUACGAACUGGAGCGGCGCUUCAAGCAGCAAAAGUACCUGUCCGCUCCGGAGAGGGAGCACCUGGCCGGACUGAUCCACCUCUCCCCGAACCAGGUCAAGAUCUGGUUCCAGAACCACCGCUACAAGCUGAAGAGGCAGGCCAAGGACAAGACCACGCAGCAGCUGCAGCAGGACGGAAGCAGCGGUGGAGGUGGAGGCGGUGGAGGCCUGUGCGCGACGACCCACCGCUCGUCCUCAGUGUCUCCGGUCCUCUCCAAGAACGGCAAGGCCUGCCGGACCGACUCCAACCAAACCGGAAACCGACAGAGCAGCUCGGGGGAGGCCAUGGCGACGACCCCGCAGCAGCAGCAGCAGGUGAACCAGCUGUCGUCCACAGAGGAGCUGGAGGAUUUGUCCCAAAGUCCGCCGAUGGGACUACACGGUCAGAUCAACAUGACGCAGACGGACGCGGCGCUAAUCGAGUACACAAACAGCAUGAUCGGCUCCAAUUUACUGUACGGGAGAACUUGGUAGGGAUACCGGGAGGAGGACAGACGGUAUCGGGCCUGUGGGCCGCAAUCCGGGGUUGGAUUUUUUUCGAAGAACAGGCUGGAGGACAAAAGCACGCACCAGAUCUUUUUUUUUUUCCUGUGCGUAAAGUUCCGGUUCUUUUACGCACGCAGAGACUCAAGAGACACUCGGUGGUUUUGAGCAACAUGGUGCAAAAACAAACUGUAUAUUAGAGCCUUGAACGUCGAUAAUAAUGUAUUUUCUCCCUAUUUGUUAAGUCUUUUUUUGUAAUUGACAGAUGUGACUGCUGCUGCAUUUAAGACCAUUAAAACAAAAUCUAAUGCGAGGAGAUUCAGGAUGAGGCACUCUCACUGUGCUCCCCUGUCAUUUCUAGACAAAAUAUAUUACUGCAGGUUUAAAUAUAAAGUUAAUACAAAGUGAAGCAAUAGAGGCCGGUUUGAAAACGGGAAAUAAUCCGGGACAGAGCUACAGAAGUUCGUUUAAUUCCGAAUUAAACGAAUUGAGAAAUAUUUUCAUUGGAAGUCAAUAAAUAUUCUUUGUUACAGCUGAUUUUUAUUUGUUUCCAGUGUUUAAUAAAUGAUAUUUUCAUUUUGGACAUUUCAAUGUAAUUUGUGAAGUCUGAAAAAAAACAUUUUCUUUAAAUGGUUUUUGGAUCAAUGACAAUUCUAAUGAUCAUUUACAGCUGAUAUAAAAGCAGAAUGUGGAUAUAAAGGAUGUUUGCUGCUUAAAUAUACCUGAAUAUUCACCAGAAAAUGCGUAAUGCUUCAGAUAUAAUUAACAAAAAAGAAUGAAAUAUUUCUUUAUCUUUUACCUUAAUUCUAUUGGGAGACUAAUUAAAAAUAAUUUGAUAUUUUAAGGCAUUUUUGCUUUUUAAUUUAAGUAAAAUGUAAGUGUGAAUCAAAACAUUUUUAAAAAAGCAUUUCCAUUACCCGAAGACACACAUGAUCAUUCUUAUCAGACAAAUAUAAUCCCAACAUCACCUUUUAUUUUACAUGGUUUUUUUUGUGUGUGUGUGUGGUGUUGUUUUCAACACUGGACCACUUUGGAGAGAUUCCUCUCAAAAAAUAAACACAGCUGGACUCUUUGUCCUUGACUCACUUGUAUUUUACAAGUUUUACAGGCCGUUCAUCUUAAA